AGGGGUGAACCACUGUGGACUCUGAGUGUUUGUAAAAUGGAUGGAGCUCCCAGCAUUGCAGAGGGGAUAUCCUGGGCUCCUUGACCCAACUCAGGACUCCCAACUUCCUGUGGCGAUCUUGGUUAAGUUUGCACCAUGGCCCUGCCUAACCUGGCCUCCUCUUAGGGCAGACUCAGAGGGGAGUGCACCUUCCUGAAUUAGCUGGUGUCUAGUGAGAGGGUGGGGCUUGGUGACAUUAUAAGUCAGAUUACUCAUGAGUUUCACUUUUGAGUGCAAAGCAGUUCAGUGGGACGUCUCAUAUUGAGAGAGAAGAGCCCAGGUCUGAGGAGAGUGACCAACUGCUGCUUCUACCAGGAGGUCACCCCCCACCGUGGAACCGCAUGGACUCCAUUGGGUCUCUAGGGUUGCAGCAACAGGAAGAAGCCCCCAGCUGCCCCCAAGAAGGCUUGCCCUGCCCCUCAAACAGCUCUGAGCUGGUACAGGAAUGCCUGCAGCAGUUCAAGGUGACAGGGGCACAGCUGCGGCAGAUCCAAACCAGCCUCCUGGACUCCAUGGAGCAAGCCCUUAAGGGGCAGGCCAGCCCUGCCCCUGCUGUCCGGAUGCUGCCCACAUAUGUGGGGUCUACCCCACAUGGCACUGAGCAAGGAGACUUCGUGGUGCUGGAGCUGGGAGCCACAGGGGCCUCACUGCGUGUUCUGUGGGUGACCCUGAUGGGCACUGAGGGGCACAAGAUGGAGCCCCGAAGCCAGGAGUUUGUGAUCCCCCAAGAGGUGAUGCUGGGUCCUGGUCAGCAGCUCUUUGACUUUGCCGCCCGCUGCCUAUCUGAGUUCCUGGAUGCGCUCCCCGUGGGCAAUCAGGGUCUGCAGCUUGGGUUCAGCUUCUCCUUCCCUUGUCACCAGACAGGGCUGGACAAGAGCACCCUCAUUUCCUGGACCAAAGGUUUUAGGUGCAGUGGUGUGGAAGGCCAGGAUGUGGUCCAGUUGCUACGAGACGCCAUCCAGAGGCAGGGAACCUACAGCAUCGAUGUGGUUGCCGUGGUGAAUGACACAGUGGGCACCAUGAUGGGCUGCGAGCCAGGGGUUGGGCCAUGCGAAGUUGGGCUGGUUGUAGACACUGGCACCAAUGCGUGUUACAUGGAAGAGGCACGGCAUGUGGCAGUGCUAGACGAGGACCGGGGCCGAGUCUGCAUCAGCGUCGAGUGGGGCUCCUUCAGUGAUGAUGGGGCCCUGGGGCCAGUGCUGACCAUCUUCGACCGCACCCUGGACCACGAGUCCCUGAAUCUGGGUGCCCAGAGGUUUGAGAAGAUGAUUGGGGGCCUGUACCUGGGUGAGCUGGUGCGGCUGGUGCUGGCUCACCUGGCCCGGUGCGGUGUCCUCUUUGGCGGCUACACCUCCCCUGCCCUGCUAAGGCAAGGCGGCAUCCUCCUGGAACAUGUGGCUGAGAUGGAGGAUCCCUCUGCUGGGGCAGCCCGUGUGCACGCUAUCCUGCAGGACUUGGGCCUGAACCCGAGGGCCUCAGAUGCCGAGUUCGUGCAGCACAUAUGUGCGGCUGUGUGCACGCGGGCUGCCCAGCUCUGUGCAGCUGCCCUGGCUGCCGUCCUCUCCCGUCUCCAGCACAGCCGGGAGCAGCAGACACUUCAGAUCGCUGUGGCCACUGGAGGCCGAGUGUUUGAGCGACACCCCAGGUUCCUCAGCAUCCUGCAGGAGACAGUGAGGCUCCUGGCCCCCGAAUGUGAUGUCUCCUUCAUACCCUCUGUGGACGGGGGUGGCCAGGGUGUGGCAAUGGUGACUGCUGUGGCUGCCCGCCUGGCUGCCCACCGGUGCCUGCUGGAGGAGACCCUGGCACCAUUCCGGUUGACCCGUGAGCAGCUGGCAGCAGUGCAGGCACAGAUGCGAGAGGCCAUGGCCAAGGGACUCCAGGGGGAAGCCUCCUCCCUCCGCAUGCUGCCCACUUACGUCCGGGCCACGCCUGAUGGCAGUGAGCGUGGGGACUUCCUGGCCCUGGACCUGGGGGGCACCAACUUCCGGGUCCUCCUGGUGCGUGUGGCCACUGGAGGUGUGCAAAUCACCAGCCAGGUCUACUCCAUCCCGGAGUGCGUGGCCCAGGGCUCUGGACAGCAGCUCUUUGACCACAUUGUGGACUGCAUCGUGGACUUCCAGCAGCAGCAGGGCCUGAGUGGGCAGAGCCUCCCCCUGGGUUUCACCUUCUCCUUCCCGUGUAGGCAGGUCGGCCUGGACCAGGGCAUCCUCCUGAACUGGACAAAGGGUUUCAAUGCAUCUGACUGUGAGGGCCAAGAUGUUGUGUGUCUGCUGCGGGAAGCCAUCGGGCGCCGACAGGCAGUGGAACUGAAUGUGGUUGCCAUUGUCAAUGACACGGUGGGGACCAUGAUGUCCUGUGGCUACGAGGACCCCCAUUGCGAGGUCGGCCUCAUCGUCGGAACUGGCACCAAUGCCUGCUACAUGGAGGAGCUCCAGAAUGUGGCAAGUGUGGCUGGGGACUCAGGCCACAUGUGCAUCAACAUGGAGUGGGGUGCCUUUGGGGAUGAUGGCUCUCUCAGCAUGCUCAGUACCCGUUUUGAUGCAAGUGUGGACCAGGCAUCCAUCAACCCUGGCAAGCAGAGGUUUGAGAAGAUGAUCAGUGGCAUGUACCUGGGGGAGAUCGUCCGCCACACCCUCUUGCAUUUGACCAGCCUUGGAGUUCUCUUCCGGGGCCAGCAGACCCAGCGCCUUCAGACCAGGGACAUCUUCAAGACCAAGUUUCUCUCUGAGAUUGAAAGUGACACCCUGGCCCUGAGGCAGGUCCGAGCCAUCCUGGAGGAUCUGGGGCUGUCCCUGACCUCAGAUGAUGCCCUGAUGGUCCUGGAGGUGUGCCAGGCCGUGUCCCAGAGGGCCGCCCAGCUUUGUGGGGCAGGUGUGGCUGCCGUGGUGGAGAAGAUCCGUGAGAACCGGGGCCUGGAAGAGCUGACUGUGUCUGUGGGAGUGGAUGGAACCCUCUACAAGUUGCACCCUCACUUCUCCAGCCUGGUGGCAGCCACAGUGCGGGAGCUGGCCCCUCGCUGUGUGGUCACCUUCCUGCAAUCAGAGGACGGGUCCGGCAAAGGUGCAGCCCUGGUCACCGCUGUUGCCUGCCGCCUUGCCCAGAUGACCUGUGUCUGAAGAAGUCUCCAGCAACCAGCUUUGUUGGACCAGGGCUGGGACCCCAUCUGUCCCCCAGCCAGGUCCAGACACCCAGGACUUCCAAAACAGCCAUGUAUGACCCCUCCAUGGCCAAUGGCCUGGACCCCUAGCUCUCCCCGAGAGAAGUAGCACUUGGGUUAGCAAUAUAUAUAUAUAAUUUAUUUACA